AGGAAAAUUUCUUCAACAAAAAGGAUUUAUUUCAACAACUUAUUACAAGAAAAUUACUUAAAGUUCCUUCCAUAUAUGAAUUAAAAAGAUUCCUUUUGACUCCAUUACCAAUGAGAGUAUUUGUUCCAUCAUUUUGUCUUUUAAAUAAUCAAGAAAAUUCCAAUAUAUAUUCAUAUGUCAUACCUCAAGAACAAUGUUUUAGAGAAUUUGGAAAUAUUAUUCCAUCUUCACCUAUUUCAUUGCCAUUUAUUAAUGCUUUGACAUAUCCAUAUAAUUCCAAUUCACCUUGUCAAGAAAAUAAUUUAAUUUGUUAUAAUUUAAUUAUUGAUGCAUUAAUUCAAGGAACUUUAAGUUGUUUACAAUCUCAAAAAUCACAAUGGAUUUAUAUGGCACGUAAUUUUAUUCAAUCAAAGGAAGAUCUUUUAAGACCUGAUUGGAUGUGUUGGAUUAAUGAUCAUUUUAUAAUUCAUGGUUUUGAAUUACCCGAAAAUUUUGAAUGGUAUGUUGGUAUUCAAAAUAUUAUUGAUAAAACUCAUUGGAAAGAUAUUUAUUAUUCAAAUUUACCUUUUAAAUUUGUUUAUAUAUCAAAAGGUCCAAUUUUAAGAUGGUAUGUUUUUGAUCCAUUAAGAUAUAAGAUUAUAUUAAUAUCUCAAGAUUUUGAUUUGGAUAGGAUCUUGGAUAGAUUAAGAAUGAUUCGUACUGUUAUUAAUAUUUAUAAUGUUUUGGAUUCAAUAAGACGUAAUUGGGUACAAUUUAAGAUAAACAAAUCCACUCAUCCUUUAUAUUUAACAAUAAAUCGUGAUGGUGGAACUAGUAUAGAAUUUAUGGGAAAUUUCGUAAAAAAAUCUUUAUCAACACAAAAAAUGAAAGAAACUUUUAAUUAUGAUACUAUAAGAAAAAUUUAUUUGGAAACUUCUCAUAUUAAAAAUUUAGUUCAUUGUAUUGAUUUAGAAGGUAAUCUUAGUUAUCCAAUUUUAACUAAAGAUGGUUCUUGUAAAAUUUUUUUACAUCCUGUAGGAUAUUAUUAUUAUCCAAAGAAUGAAUUGGAAGUUAAAUCAAUGAUUAAAACUAUUUUACAAGUUCUUAAAGAUAUGCAUCAAGUUAAUUGGACUCAUAGAGAUAUUUAUUGGGGAAAUAUUUUAAGACAAGAUAAUGGUGAUUGGUUAAUAAUUGAUUUAGAAUUAGGAGGUCCUGUUAAUGAAAUUUUACAAUUUUCUCUUUGGAAUAGAUGGCCUGAACAAGCUGUUAUUGGUAAACCAUAUUUCGCUUGUUAUGAUAUUUAUCAAGUUGGAAGACUUAUGGAUGAAUUAAAAGGUACAGAUCAAUGUUUUAAUAAUAAUUAUUCUAAUAGUUUUAUUCAAUUUAAAAAUCUAUUACUUGAAUCUGCAAAAGAUAAUAAUUUCACCGCGGAAAUGGCAUUAAGACAUGAAUGGUUAAGUGAAAUGAAUGAAUGAGAGAGUGUGAAAUUUGAGAAUGAAAUUUGAAAGUGAAAUCUAAGAGUUGAAAUUUGAGAGUUGAAAUUUGAGAAUUGAAAUUUGAGAGUUGAAAUUUGAGAAUUGAAAUUGAGAAUUGAAAUUUGAGAGUUGAAAUUUGAGAGUGAAAUUUGAGAGUGAGAUUUGAGAGUAAAUGAUUAAGUGGAAUUUUAUGACGAGAAUUGUAAUUUGUGUGUGAGAAUGAAUAUAAUUUUGUGGUCGAGAAUUUUUUUUUUUUUUGUGCGCAACGUGACGGAGAUUAAAAUCUUGUGACGAGAAUUUCUUGUGUGAGUGAAUAAAUAAAUAAAUAAUUAUAAAAUUUUAUUAAAAAAAAUCAAAAAGUAGUGAAUUUGACACAUGAAUAUUUGGAGAUAGAUAAUUCUAAAUACAAGUGAAUGAGUGAAUGAUUAAGUGGAAUGUUAUGAUCAAGAAUUUUGUGUGCGUGAGCGUAAAUAUAAAAUUUGAUCAAAGUAG